AUGGCUAGCCUUACGCUUGGCGAGGUGGUGCCGAAUCUUGAGUUCGACUCCACUGGGGGACGCAUGAAGCUGCACGAUUUCGUGGGCGACAGCUGGGUUGUGGUGUUCUCGCAUCCGGGCGACUUCACUCCCGUUUGCACCACGGAGCUAGGCAAGAUCGCCCUUCGGAGCGGGGAGUUUGAGCAGCGUGGAGUGAAGCUCAUUGGGCUCUCGUGCGAUAGCGUGGACGACCAUGUGGCUUGGAUCAAGGACAUUGAGGCAUACACCCCGGGAGCCAAGGUCGCGUAUCCAAUCAUUGCUGACCCAUCGCGUGAUCUGGUCCAGAAGCUUAACAUGCUCGACCCCGACCUGAAAGAUAGUAAUGGUCGGCCGCUCACCUCACGUGCACUGCACAUCAUCGGCCCAGACAAGAAGCUGAAGCUGAGUUUCCUCUAUCCUGGUUCUGUUGGCCGUAACUUUGACGAGGUGCUGCGAGCAAUAGACGCCCUCCAGCUUGCUGCAGACCGCCAGAUAGCCACGCCCUCGGACUGGAAGAAGGGUGACAAGGUGGUGGUUCCCCCCUCUCUCUCUGAGGAUGAGGCAGCCAAAAAGUUCCCAGGGCAUGAGACUGUUGAACUGCCUUCUGGCAAGAAGUACCUCCGUUUUACCGACCUAAAGUAG